AUGAGCGGCGGGGAAAUCAUCUUCCAAGGCUGGCUGAGGAAAUCACCGCCGGAGAAGAAGCUCAGGAGAUAUGCCUGGAAGAAGCGCUGGUUUAUCCUCCGAAGUGGCCGUAUGAGCGGUGACCCGGACGUUCUGGAAUACUACAAGAACGACCACUCGAAGAAGCCCAUCCGAGUCAUCAACCUGCACUUCUGUGAGCAGGUGGACGCCGGCCUGACCUUUAAGAGGAAGGAGUUCCAGGACAGCUUCGUUUUCGACAUCAAGACUUCAGAUCGAACGUUUUAUCUCGUUGCCGAGACGGAGGAGGAGAUGAACAAGUGGGUGCGAUCUAUCUGCCAGCUGUGUGGUUUCAACCAGUCAGACGAAGCUCACGAGUCAAUGAGACAGAAGAGCAGAUUGCUCCAUAUGCCUCGAUCUGUCGGAGCAGAUGUCACCGGCUCAAUGGCUCCUGUGAGCGGAGAACGCAAGUCCUCAGCACCCGUCCACUCUAGCCAGCCGGUGCUCUUCACCUUUGAUGUGCCCGUGCGCCACUCACACCAUGGCUCCCUGUCCAACAGCGCACCUCAGGACUACCUCCUCCUCCACCAGUGCAUGAGCAGGAAGACGGAGAGUGCACGGAGCGCCAGUUUUUCCACACGCAGCAGCAUGUUCGCUGGGAACGACUCUCCUGUGCAGAAACUUUCCUACGGCUUUUCACACUGUCUAAACGGCACGGGUGCUCAGCUGCAGGGCUUUUACAGCCUUCCCAAACCUGGAAAGCAUCACUUAUCCGUGCACGAUGACUCCCUCCAGGAGGCCUGCUAUGUACUGCCGCGGGGUUACAGCGCCGAGGCACCGGCUCACAGCGGUCUGGGUGAUCCUGAUUUCGAGAACGAGGAGGUGUAUACCUUCAAAACCCCUUGCAACACCCUCGCCACGAUGCACGGCAGUGAGCGAUCGCCUGACAAUUACGACUUUCCUACAACCCCUGGCUCCUUCUAUCAGAUCCCCCGGACUUAUGAUAAGAAUCACAACUCCUUGACACCCUCCAGCUCUGAAUCCUCCUGUGCCCCUCCACCUAGGCCGCCUAAACCUAGCCAGGGGUCUGAGGGGCAGUGGGGAAGUCCCCAUUCUGCAGGGAGUCAGAAUGGAGACCUGACGUCGGCUGUGUCGAUGAUCCCGCGCAGGAAUACUCUUCCUGCUGUUGAGAACAUCAGGCUGCACAGAGGCUCCUCCUUUGAGAUCAACAACCACCAUCGUCUGUUUCAUUUUAACAACUCGGGCCAGUCUGUGGAGUCCGUCAAUGAUGGGUUCAGUUCGUACCUGAGAACCCCCACCCCUCUGACUCGCUCAGACAGUGGAAAUUCCGAUGACAACUACGUGCCCAUGAAUCCUGGCUCCUCGCCGCUCAGCGCUGCCCAGGCUGACAGCCCUAAGAAUAACUACAUUCCUAUGAGCCCCGGGCCACAUCACUUUGACUUCCCAGGGUUCUCUGCGACGUUACCUGCUCGUAAGGGCAGCAGUGCCUCCUUGUGUCACCGGCCCGGUCGCCUCAGUGAUGUCACACCGCCACCCAUCAACCGUAACCUCAAACCUAACAGGAAAUCAAAGCCAACACCGCUCGACUUGAAGAACAGCGGGAUCAUCGAUGAGCUGCCGUAUAAGAGUCCCGUCACCAUGUCUUGGACGCGACCCAUGCCUGCUAUGAACUCCUCCCAACCCUGUCGACCCAUCUCCACUCAAAGCAUCACCAGCACGGACUCUGGAGACAGUGAGGAGAAUUAUGUGGCUAUGCAGAAUCCAGCAUCUACCUCCCCGGCCGUGAGUGGCACCAGCAGUCCAGCCUCUCGGAAGUGUGGCAGCGUGGACUACUUAGCCUUGGACUUCCAGCCGGGCUCGCCCAGCCCACACAGAAAACCCUCCACAUCCUCUGUGACAUCUGAUGAGAAGGUGGACUACGUGCAGGUCGACAAAGAAAAGACCCAAGCGCUGCAGAACACCAUGCAGGAGUGGACAGAUGUGCGGCAGUCUACUGAACCCACCAAGGGAGCCAAGUCCUGACACUGACUUGUACAAAAAUGACUUGAAAAAAACUGAACUCCAUUCGUACGUCAAGCAUCUCCAGUAUCCACGCUUUUAUC